AUGGAGGUAACAUUUAUCAAAUUCAAUGAAUCUCGACAUGGGGUCAAUCUUAAUGAUACAAUUUAUGAUUGUAAUAUCGAGUAUUUUGGUAUGCUAUUAGCACUAAUACUUACAGGUGUUUUUACAAUUAUUCUUAUGAUCUAUUACGCCAUGGUCAUAAUCGCUUAUUCAAAAAGACGUGAAAUUAAAGAAGAGGAAAACGAAAUUUCAUCUGAAGUUAUUGAAACUCCUGGUUCAAUGGAUUGA